UUCGUUGUCCGAGUUAUUCGAUGGAAGCGGAAUUCCAACGCCGCUUGUUUGCACCAGAAUCGCCUUCAUCAUUCAUUUGGUAUACGAAUCCAUUAUUGCGCCGCCCCCACCAAGAGCGCCAAGAACAGAAGAGUAGUAGAAACUGGCUCCAUCUUCCGGUGGAACUCAUUCUUAUCAUCUUCGAGAAGCUCGGAGCCAUAGAGGUUCUCACCAGUGUCCAGCGAGUGUGCAUGCUCUGGCGGACCAUCUGCAAGGAUCCGUACACGUGGCGCGUGAUCAACAUGCGCGUCGUGGGGUUUCCCAAAUUCAUGGACUACCAAUUGAGUUCGCUGUGCCGCCGUACCAUCGAACGCAGCUGCGGUCUCUUGGUGGACAUAAGUAUUGACUAUUUUGCUACCAAGUAUCUCCUCAACCACAUCGCUAAUUCUUGUGGAAGUCGUCUUCGGCGUUUACGACUUUACAAGUGCGACUACGCACGCAUAUCAAAAAGAGUGUUGCGUGACUCGGCUAAGAAGUUUCCUUUGCUUGAGGAGCUUGAAGUUACCAAUUGCCACUGUAUUCUCCCGAUUUAUUUAGAAUCUUUGGGUCAAGCUUGCCCUCUUCUAAAAACCUUCAAAUUCAGCCACCACCGACAGUAUUGUUAUGAUCACAUUUCUUCUUGUCACCUCCUCGCCGGUAAUGAAUAUGCAUAUGCUAUUGCACGAAGCAUGCCACAAUUACGCCAUCUCCAACUUGUUGAAAGCAAUUUGGAUUAUGAUGGUUUGCAUGCUAUUCUUAACGGUUGUCCACAUCUGAAAUCUCUAGAUUUACGUCACUGUAUCAACCUUGAUUUGAAAAGAAAAAUAAUAAUAGAAAUGUUGCAAGGAAGAAUCAAGGAUUUUAGACUUCCAAUUUUAGGUGCAUCAACAAUUGACUAUGAGUUUUGUUCUUUACUACCUUGUGAAGAGGCAAUGAAGAAUUGGAAUUUUAACAUUUUAGUAGAGAAAUGGCAGAGGUUUCAAGAUGAAAAAAUAGCCAAACUUGACUUAGUAGUAAAAUAUGAAGACGAGGAGGUUUGGGAGGAUGUUGAUAUGACAUGGGUCACUAUGAAAAAUAGAAGAAGGCAAAGGCGAGAGAGUACUAAAAAAUUCAAAACGCUUCAAAGAUCUCGCCGGAAAAAAGAACGCCUACCGUAUCCAAAGGGAAGAAACACGGAGAAAAGGCAAGUAAGAUUGACCUCAGAAGCAUGUGUUUUGGAGAGGAAUUACAAUUAUUAUUCUGAAGAUUGAAUUCAAGAACAAGAGGAGGU